UGUUAGUUAAUGUCAUGACUGCAGCAUCAAUGGCCAACCUCACACUCCAAACAAUGAGGCAGAAUGAAAUCAAUCCGAGGUGCCCAGGUGUGACACACACACACACACACACACACACACACACACACACACAGCCACCAGUGACCCAGCUGCACAAUGGUAUUCUUGACAAAUAGUAUUGCCACAGGCAGGGGAGAGUCCAAAGGGAGAGAGGUGAGCUCUGGUUUAAGAGCUGGUGGUUUAUUAACACAUCUUUUAACAAGGUUUCGACAUUGUGCAAGACGGAGGCCGUCUUCUCUUUUCCGGUCUGUCCAGUUUUUUUGUUUCUUAUCUUCCAAGAAAGGCAGAAAGCAGGUUGUCUUCAGUCAAGCAUUUGGAUCCGUACACUCAAAGGGGGAUUGUUGCAGCUUCUAUCCGACGUUCUGCCAGUGAGAUCGUGCACAGACGAGUUUGCAGGGAAGGAUGAGCGGUUUCCUGUACUUCAUCCUGCCGGCUCUGGGUGGAUACACUCUCAGCUCCUUGUACCUGCUGAAGAACCCCCACAUUCUCCACAGGAAGAAACACUGCGCUUUUUACUGCACACACAUCUCACACAGAGGAGGAAGUGGAGAGAGGAUAGAGAGCACGAUGGAGGCGUUCACACAUGCGGUGGAGCAGGGCACACAGAUGCUGGAGUUGGACUGUCACUUAACCCGUGAUGGACAUGUGGUGGUGUCACAUGAUGAGAAUCUGCUGAGACAGACUGGCCACGACGUCACCAUCUCCUCACUCAACCUCCAGGAUUUGCCUCUGUACAAAGAGAGACUGGAGGUGACCUUUUAUUCAGGUCACUACAGCAGCGGUGCAGACAGGAAGUUUUCUCUGCUGGAGGACGUGUUCAGGAAGUUCCCUGAGAUGCCUGUUAGCGUUGAGAUCAAAGAGAACAACAGCCAGCUGAUGGAAAAGGUGUCUAACUUGGUGAGGCACUACAACAGAGAGGACAUCACCGUCUGGGCCUCAGUGAGGUCCAGGAUCAUGAAGGAAUGCCGCAGAACGAACGGCUCCAUGCCAUACAGCUUCUCGGAGAGCCGAUGUGUGCUGCUCCUGCUUCUCUUCUACAGCGGCCUGCUGCCCUUCCUGCCGCUGGGAGAGAGCUUACUGCAGUUCUACCUGCCGCGCAUCAUCAACAGGACGUUCAUUCCCGAGAAGGGCAUCCUGAGGAACAAGCUGGUCAUCUCUUUGUUAGAAAGAGUAACAAUGAGGAAGAGUCUGUUUAACCACCUCGCAGCUCGGGGAAUUCAGGUGCAUUUGUUUGUGUGCAAUAAAGACGACGACAUAAAGGCUGCAUUUGAAGUCGGGGCCACAGGGGUGAUGAGCGACUACCCGACUCUUCUGUCCCGCUACCUCCGCAGAAGCCCGAGUCAGGAUUGAACCCAAACACGCCCUGACAUCGCAACAACAGGCAAUCACUACGCAGCUUUCUGAUGAGGAUUGUGUAAAGAAAAGACUGUGAAAGAGAAGUAAAUACCAGAAGUGUGAGAAUAAUUUCCUCCUCCGUGACAAGAUCAGUGGAGAAGUUGUCGGUCUGUUCAACGGCGUGCAGUGGGAACCAAACUGUCAUGCAGCUCUUCAGCAGAUACAAUGAUCUGCUAUCCGUUCCUCUAUGGCCUCAGUGUGUCCAACACAGCCCCGAGUCAACGGCAAUGCUGUCGGGAGGAAUCUUUCCCUUUUAUUAGUG